AGGAGAAAAAGAUCUCGAGCAGACCCAAGUCAACUAAAUUGUGAUAGUGAUGAUGAUGGUGACGAUGAAGCGCGAGCCCUAAUUAAGGAGAAAAAAGGACCUCAGGCACUCAGUGAUGUGGAAAAAAAGGGCUCAUCAUUGUGGUGUAUUUUUUUAAGGACAGCUCGCUCUGUGAGCAGAUGACUGCCGCUCACCUUGCCACGGGGUCUGCGUGAGAUUGGUUCAUUGUCAAGGAUUUUUUUUUUACCCAUGAUUCCAUAUGGUAUGGAGUGGGCUACAUGUUGCCCAACAUGCCAGUGCAAAUGUUUUCUCAAUUAGGUGUCUUAUCUCCGGUGAGUGCACUAGCAUCAGAUGAAGCUUGCUGACAGCGUAAUGGCAGCUAAAACCUCGGAAGGCUCCAUCAAAUGGCAGCUCUGCUACGACAUCUCGGCCAGGACUUGGUGGAUGGAUGAAUUUCAUCCCUUCAUCGAGGCUUUGCUGCCACACGUCCGCGCGUUCUCCUACACCUGGUUCAACCUUCAGGCCCGCAAACGCAAGUACUUCAAGAAGCACGAGAAGCGCAUGACGAAGGACGAGGAGCGCGCCGUCAAAGACGAACUCCUGGGCGAGAAGCCCGAGAUCAAGCAGAAGUGGGCGUCCCGUCUGCUCGCCAAGCUCCGCAAAGACAUCCGGCCGGAGUUCCGCGAGGACUUCGUGCUCACCAUCACGGGGAAGAAGCCUCCGUGCUGCGUGCUGUCCAACCCCGACCAGAAGGGCAAGAUCCGCCGCAUCGACUGUCUGCGGCAAGCCGACAAAGUCUGGCGCCUGGACCUGGUGAUGGUUAUCCUGUUCAAGGGAAGCCCGCUGGAGAGCACGGACGGAGAGAGGCUGGUCAAAUCACCGCAGUGCUCCAACCACGGCCUCUGCGUGCAGCCGCACCACAUCGGAGUGUCCGUCAAAGAACUGGACCUGUAUCUGGCCUACUUUGUCCACACGCCAGAAACGGGGCAGUCUGAAAGUCCGAACCAGCCUAGUGAAGGUGACAUCAAGGACCAGCCAGAAAAUGGGCACCUUGGCUUCCAGGACAGUUUCGUCACAUCAGGUGUCUUCACCGUCUCUGAGCUCGUGCGAGUCUCACAGACCCCCAUCGCGGCAGGGACGGGGCCCAACUUUUCGUUGGCAGACUUGGACAGCUCUUCCUACUACAGUAUGAGCCCUGGGGCCAUGAGGCGCCCCCUACCCAGCACUUCUUCUAGCAGUUCUGCAAAGCGUAUCAAAUGCAUGGAGGAUGAGGUGGACAGCCCGGGAGAGGAGUCCUACUACCCAGGUCAGGGACGCUCGCCUGGAAGCGGCAGCCAAGCCAGCAGCUGGCAUGAAGUNNUGCCAGGGAUGCCAUCGCCUACCACAUUAAAGAAGUCAGAGAAGUCUGGUUUCAGCAGCCCUGUGCCUUCGCAGACCGCUUCCCCUCGAACGGCAUUCACACACCAUCAUCGACCUGUCAUUACAGGACCCAGAGCGAGUCCUCACGCCACGCCGUCAAGUCUUCAUUUCCCGACGUCGCCAAUCAUCCAGCAGCCCGGCUCGUACUUCUCCCACCACGCCAUCCGCUACCACCCCCAGGAGACACUCAAGGAGUUUGUCCAACUUGUCUGCCCUGACAGUGGUCAGCAAGCUGGACAGGUGGGCUUCCUUAAUCCCAACGGGAGCAGUCAAGGGAAGGUGCACAACCCGUUCCUGCCCACCCCCAUGUUGCCGCCUCCUCCUCCUCCCCCGAUGGCACGACCCGUGCCCCUGCCCGUGCCAGACUCCAAACCUCCCUCCACCUCCACCGAGGGAGGCGGCAACUCCCCCACCUCGCCAACCUACUCCACACCGAGCACGUCUCCUGCUCAGCGCUUUGUCAGCGUGGGCCCCAGAGACCCCAGCUUUGUAAAUAUCCCUCAGCAGCCUCAGGUGAGUACACAUGCACAGAUCCUCCGAAUCCCUGAAAGUCCAUCAAGAGUGCUUGUUGUCUGUCAUAAUAGGCUUUCAGCGCCGUUAUGCCAGCUCGUAUAACUCCCUCGCUCACCG